UCGGCAAGGGCUCCCAAACCCCGAGUUUAUAUGUCACAGACAGAGUCACAGUGCAUUGCUGUGUGUCUCGUCAAACAUGGCGAUCGUUCGAGUUCUUUGAAGGUUUCUCGUGAAACGUUCACUUAAUGUCGACUAUCGCAAUGGGAUAGCAUUUAUGUUAAACGUAACUAAUGAUACUGGAUCUCCAAAAUCACGGAAAUAACCAAAACCGUGCUCGUAAAGUCGCGGAAAUUUGUGCGUGUAACGAAAACCGUUCGUACUUGUGUCUGCUUGCAAUUCCUGACACUCUUGUUCUCUUUUCUAUCCGUGUUGCGUUUCCGUGCAAUAGUAACAAGCACAAAAACGGGUUUCCGAAAAAAUUGACCCGCGAAUCAUUCGUGUUUUUUUUUUAUACGUAGGUAUACGAACGUGUGCGCUAAACUAUCAAUUUCUCUGUAUAUAUAAAUAUAAAUAUAUACAUGCCAAGUGUACCUAUACGUCUAUAAAGGCUGGUGGGUACUGUGAAAAACGUCAAAUAGGGGCUCCCAUGUUUCCAGGGAACUCUCAGUCCAAAUAAUUAUGCUGGAUUAAUUGUACGUAAAUUCGAAAAUACGUCAGUUAUUUAAUUCUUUUACUCGGAGCGGCUGAGAAAAAUAUAAUCGUGCAAAACCAGUAUUGUUAUGAAAAACAAUAAGAUGUUGUUGGCAGUACGGUCGAGGAAAUAGCGAAAAAGUAACAAAAAAUCUUAGAAUGGUAAAACUGCAAAAUUGAACCAUCACUUCCGAGAUUUCAGAGUUUGAAGAUUUUAAUAUCCAAAAUCGUUAGAACUUGCUUAAAAUUUCCACUUGAAAAAUCAAACUACUCUGGAAAGAAAAUGGCUGAGACUCAAAGAAUGACCGUCUUUGGGAGACAUCCUCCAUGUGCCAGUGGCCUGCGUUUGGAGGAACGCAGAGCCAGAAGAGUCGCCAUGCGUCAUGAAAGGAAUCGCAAACCCGACAAACCGGAAGAUUUUGUAUGCUACGAGUCGAGUGAUGACGAAGAAGAGACGAUAAUGGAAGGAAGGCAAUACCUUCGGACUUCGUUCAAUUUUGUAGAUUAUGUGCGUGCGCGUGAAACAAAUACCCGAGAAGUGCGAAAAAUCAAUCAGGAAUAUGGCUCCAGGCACAUACUUACACACGAUUUGUUCAAAGAAUAUUCUGUCGGGCUGAACAAUAUGAACAAAGUGUUUUGUUCACAAUGGCUAAGCGAUCGACAAGUUGUCUUUGGCACUAAGUGCAAUAAAUUAAUGGUUUAUGACGUAGCUACCCAAAAAUUGGAUCAAAUACCUUCGUUGCAUGGUAGACAAACAAAUCCUAGUGGCGGACUCAUCACUGAACAACAGUGCGGCAUUCAUUCCGUACAAAUUAAUCCUUCUAGAACAUUACUAUCAACGGGUGCGAGAAACAGUAACGAAAUAGCUAUAUAUAGACUACCCACGUUGGAUCCGGUAUGCGUCGGUGAAACGGCGCACCGAGACUGGGUAUUCGAUAUGUGUUGGCUCGACGACGAAUUUCUUGUUUCUGGAUCAAGAGAUACGAAACUUGCGCUUUGGCAUAUCGAUAGCAAUCUCGCCGCUGCGCCUGACAAAGCUGACGUACCAAAUCACAGGCUAAUACAACCGGUCUGUGUAAAAGAGUGCCGUUCCGCCCAAAAAGUCCGGGCACUCGCAUUCAACAAAGCUUACAAAGAAAUAGCUGCACUAUCGCUCAAUAGUUUCAUACAUAUCUGGUCGGCUGAGACGUUUAAACAAAAAAUAUCGAGAAAAUUGCCGGCUUGCCAAGAAAACGUUUGCUUGGCCGUACAAGAAGACGGCGUUUAUGCGGUCGGCUGUCGAUCUUACACUCUUCUCCUCGAUGCAAGAACGUUGCAACCUAUUAAAAAAAUUCCUUCAAGAUACAGCGGUUGCGGUAUAAGAUCGGCGAGUUUUCAGGGCUCGGUAUUGACGAUUGGCACCGGCCUCGGUAUGCUCAUGUUUUACGAUGUCAGAGCUCAGAAAUACUUGGAAUCCUCAAUAAAUUCUAAUAGGACAGUCGUUUUAAAAGCCUCCAAAGGAUACGUGUUUCCAGACGAGGAGUACAUCGACGGUUUUCAGAAUGUAAAAUACACACCGGCUAUUUACACACAUUGCUACGACGCCUCGGGCACGCGUUUAUUCACAGCAGGUGGACCACUCCCAGUUAAUCUUUACGGUAAUUACGCCGGACUAUGGCAAUAAGUGUGAGCCUUCAUUCAUUUUAUCCCCCCCGCUCUCUGCCCCAGCGCCACGCGAGGACAAUGUUUCGCGAUUUCGAGUUCACGAGUAUGUGGAUCACGAUUAAAAAAAAAAAACAUCGAAACGUAUAGAAUUAAGGCGAUAGAUAAAUUAACAAAAAAAAAAAAUUGAGAGGAAGAAAGAUCGAAGUGAUGCAAAUCCUCUGAAUUUAUUACCUAAGAAAUAUUAUUCGAUAGCUAGAAAAGAGAAAAAGAAAUUCAAAAUUCACGGUACAGUUCGGCAUCAAGAAAUUUAUAUCGUUCCUAAUAUUUCUCGAUCGUGCAUAGAGAAAACAACAAUUUUGAAAAUAAUGAGAAAUCGUCAAAUUGCACGAUAAAUGCAAAAUGAGAUUUUUUCCGAAUCAACGAUGGCGAACUGGGCUGUUCAAAAACUGGCAAAUUGUUAUUUAUACUGAUUCACUCUAGUUUUUUUUUUCUCAUUAUGCAUAAUGAAACGAAGAAAAAUCUUCCAGAUUUUGACUGAGGAUCGAUCUUUUUUUUCUAUUGUUUUAAUCGUUAUCUGAUUUUAGGUAUUAUUAAUGUCGUCAUUAUUAUUAUUUUCAUUCUAAUUGUAUGAUUAUUGUUCAUUGAGACAUUAGUGAACCCACGACUGAUCAAUGCAAAAACGUCAAAAUAAUUAUCACGAUCCAUCAAAUAAAUUAAAAAUCUAAUUAUUAAGCGAUUAGAAGAAAAAAUUGUUAUGGUGGCUCAAUGUACUUGAUCAUUUUGCACACUUUUCGUAACGAUGCGAUGAUAAUUAUAGCGAAAUUUAUUUAAACAUUUGUUUCGUCUUAUGAAUAAACCCUACUCAAAUUGGGCAUUUUAAAUCACCACUAAACUUAAUGGUAACUUGGUAAUUUUGCACGUUUUUCGAAAGGCUACGAUGAUAAUUAUGGUAAAAUUGAUGUAAACAACUGUUUUACUCAUGAAUCCAUCUCGAACUUGGCAUUCUAAUUUACAAUGAAAGUUGAUAUCAAUUCGAUUAAAUUGUACAUUUAUUCAUACACGUUUAAUCCAUACUACGGAAUCUUUAUUAUUAUUAUGAUUAUUUUUAUCAUCAUGAUCAUUGAUGACAUGGAUAUUAUUAUUAUUGUCAUUGGUUCUGAACAAGAAUACUAGAGCACGGAAGAGUGAACGGAUGUAGAAAUGAAUGUUCGUGUGAAUCGUCCCCAUUACCCUGCUUACGAAUUGCAUUAAGUUCUCCGUCUCCAUCAUUUUAAGUGGUUUGAUAAGUUUUUAAUUUCAAAAAAACAAAAAUCUGUUUACGAGUUUUAUCUUCAAUGAUGCAAACAACUGAGAUUUGAAGACGAGUGAUAUCCCCGGAUUGAUCGUGAAUGAAUUGAGAUAUUUCAAAGUUCCAUUUUGCGAAUCGUUCCAAAAUCCCAACUUUUAUCAUAAUAUAUAUUUGUUUACGACUUUUUGAACGUAUUGGAAAGUUGAUUUCCUUCUUCGAAAACUGUAACGCUUGAGAUAUAAAUCAGGCUAAAAUAAGCGUUGCGCCAUAAGUGUUUCGCACAUGCGAUUUAAUGAGAGGCCGACGAUACGAAGGUUGGACGAAACAACUCACCGGUUUAGAUUUAAUUGACCCAUGAUACCCCCGAUAUAAUUCUCAAUAAGAUUUCUGUAUAUUCUAAAUGAAGGGAAAAUGAUUGGAAAAAAGAAGGAAGGAAAACGAGUGUGCAAUUUGGGUGAAUAAUAAAACUCAGCGCAUAUUGUAUGACUUUGUACAUGCGACGUUUGUGUAAAUAAAACAAGAACAAAAAUCGUUCGUGGUCUGAUA